AUGUUCAUGAACGAAGGAGAUGAAGAUUGGAUCGCCUGGACCCGGGUACGGAUGGCCAAGCUUGAGCUUGAUGCAAAGGCUGAAAGAUGCAGUUCGGCCAAGCUUUUCGCCCAGAAAUGUACCGUGGCCGAUGGUCUAUUCAACGACGGACUGGAAAUUUGGUGGCCAAUCUUGCAAGGUCUGCGUCAUACGGGGGACGCUGAACUGUCUAAGUACGUUAUGCUCACGUACGCUAGAGACGACGACAAUGAAAUCGAUGUAGAUUUUGUGAACCGCCAGCUAACCGAAAUGUACGGACCACCGCCUCCAGUGUCCGACCGUAAAACUCAAUGGGAAGCCGUGUCGUCAGACGAAACUGUUAGCAAACGGUCUGUGCACAUACCACCAAAAAAAGUCUCUAACACCUAA